CCUCUCUCUUCCAAACCCGCCAAAUCUCAAAUCCCACGAGUAGUAUAUAUAUACUGGAAACGACUUCAAUUGUAAAUGUACUUCGAAAUCACACCAAAACCCUCGAUCUAGGGAUUUCUUCUUCUCUAAUUGUUUUGAUCAGCUCUUCUCUGUUCAACCAUGUCUGGCCGUGGCAAGGGAGGGAAGGGUCUGGGAAAGGGCGGUGCUAAGCGUCACCGCAAGGUUCUGAGAGACAACAUUCAAGGAAUUACCAAGCCGGCGAUUCGGAGGCUGGCCAGAAGGGGCGGUGUGAAGAGGAUUAGCGGGUUGAUUUACGAGGAAACCAGAGGAGUCCUUAAGAUAUUCUUGGAAAAUGUGAUUCGUGAUGCUGUUACCUACACAGAGCACGCCAGGAGGAAGACGGUUACCGCCAUGGAUGUGGUCUAUGCUCUGAAGAGGCAAGGCAGGACCCUGUACGGAUUUGGUGGUUGAUCUUUGUAUGGAUUGGGAUCUCAUUUUAGCUUUGUUGUAGCGGUCAUCGUCUUGAUUAUGAAUCUGGUGUUAUAAAUUAUGUGCUCUUACUGUUGAAUUUAAUGAAAGUUUAUUAGGAAUUCGUUCAAAGAGUUUCAUCAAUUUGAUUUUUGUUGUUGUGAAUUUCUGAUUGUCAUCCUCUUACAAUUUAAGAUAAAGAAUUCAAAGAAACAUUAUACGGAGUAGUUAACUAAAGGAACUUUAGAAAGUAGUAUCCUGUUAUUAUCAAGCCCUGCUAAUUCCAUGUUACAAAUCUAAGAAAUGUAAUGUGGAGUCGAAGGGUAACUACUGAUCCAUAAAGUAAUGUGGAUAACCAAACAUUGUUAUGCUUGGAAAUGCAAAAACAACACCAAACACCCAUUAAAUAGUUUGUUGCUUGAUCAAUAUUUUUAGCCUAAAAAAACAAGUUCAAAUCUAC